AAAAAAUAGAGAAAAAAAUAGAGAAAAAAUAGAAAAUAGAGAAAAACAGCAAAGAAUAGAGAAAAAAUUGAGAAAAAUAGACAAAAAUAGCAAAAAAUAGACAAAAAAUAGAGGAAAAAAUAGGCAAAAAAUAGAUUAAAAAUAGACAAAGAAAUAGCAAAAAAUAGAUAAAAAAUAGACAAAAAAUAGAUUAAAAAAUAGCAAAAAAUAGACAAAAAAUAGGCAAAAAAUUCCCAAAAAUAGCCCCAAAAUAGCCAAAAAAUUCCCAAAAAUAGCCCAAAAAUAGCCCUAAAAAUAGCCAUAAAAUAGCAAAAAAUUGCCAAAAAUUAGCCAUAAAAAUUGCCAAAAAAUUGCCAUAAAAUAGCCCAAAACCAGCCAAAAAAUAGCCAUAAAUAGCCAAAAAAAGCCAAAAAAUUCCCAAAAAUAGCCCCAAAAUAGCCAAAAAAAUUCCCAAAAAAUUCCCAAAAAAUAGCCAUAAAAUAGCCCAAAAAAUAGCCAAAAAAUAACCCCAAAAUAGCCAAAAAAUAGCCAUAAAAUUCCCUAAAACAUCCCUAAAAUAUCCCGAAAAACAGCCCCAAAGUAUCCCCAAAAUUCCCUAAAAUAACCCCAAAAUCUCUCCAGGGUAUCCCCAAAAUAUCCCCAAAUUAUCCCUCAAAAUAACCCCAAAAUUACCCCCCCAAAAAAAAAGAAAACUCCAGAAUUUCCCCCAAAAGUCCCCAAAUUUCCCCCAAAAUCCCGGACUUUUCCCCAACCCUUCCCUUCCUUUUCCCCACAGGUUUCAGGAGAAGGAAGAUUCCUAAAAUUCCAAAAUUUCCUCAUUUUUUUGGGACCCCUUUCGGUACCGGAAGAGAAAUAAAAGCGACCUCUCCUCAAUUUGGGACAAUUUUGGGUUUUUUUUUUUUGGAACCCCAAAAUUUGACCCCAAAUCCUUCCCCUCAUUACUCCAGCCCUGAAUUGUCCCCUCCAGCCCUCCGUACCCUUCCCACAAUCCCCCUCUCCGCACGGCCGGAAGUGCCCGCGCAUCUCAGUACGACCGGAAGUGCGGGAACUAAACGCUCACGCACGUAGAGGGGGAGCGGGUUUAUUGCCGGACCUACCGGAAGUGGGGGCGCGUUUGGCGCACGCCGGAAGUGGGGGCGGUGUCGGGUGCUGCACCGGGGGCGGUGGCCAGAGAGGCCCGGCCUUUCCCAGUUCCGCCCCCUCCUCAUCCCAGUAACGGGACCUUCCCCUCCCAGUAACGGGAGCCCCGCCCCGGGGCCAUGGCGGAGGCCGCGGACAGCGGCGGAUGCGGCACCGCCACCGUCACCGAGAGCGGAACCGUUGAACCGGAGAACCGCAGCCUGACGCUGAAGCUGAGGAAGAGGAAGCCGGACAAGAAGGUCGAGUGGUCGAGUGACACGGUGGACAACGAGCACCUGGGCAGGAGAUCCUCCAAAUGCUGCUGCAUCUACGAGAAGCCGCGGGCGUUCGGGGAGAGCUCCUCGGAGAGCGAGGAGGAGGAAGAGGAGGAGGAGGAGGAGGAGGAGGAGGAGGAGGAGGAAGAGCCCCAAAAAUUUCAGGAAUUUAAGAAAAAAAAUUCCAGGGUGCGUCUCUCCGCAGGGCUCUGUUUCCUGGAGCCGACUCUGUUGAUGCUGGACGAGCCGAAUCACCUGGACCUGAACGCCGUCAUCUGGCUCAACAAUUACCUGCAGAGCUGGAAGAAAACGCUGCUGGUGGUUUCCCACGACCAGGGGUUCCUGGACGACGUCUGCACCGACAUCAUUCACCUGGAUUCCCAACGGCUGCACUACUACAGGGGCAACUACAUGGCCUUUAAGAAGAUGUACCAGCAGAAGCAGAAGGAGCUCCUGAAGCAGUUCGAGAAGCAGGAGAAGAAACUGCGCGAUCUCAAGGCCGGGGGCAAAUCCACCAAGCAGGCGGAGAAGCAGACCAAGGAGGCUCUGACGCGCAAGCAGCAGCGCUGCCGGCGCCGAGCGACCCCCGAAGAGUCGGCCGAGCCCCCGGAGCUGCUGCGCCGGCCCCGCGAGUACUCGGUGCGCUUCACCUUCCCCAACCCGCCCCCCCUGAGCCCCCCGGUGCUGGGGCUGCACGGCGUGGAUUUUGGCUACGAGGGUCAGGAGCUGCUGUUCCGCAACUUGGAUUUUGGGAUCGACAUGGAAUCCCGAGUUUGCAUCGUGGGCCCCAACGGGGUCGGGAAGAGCACCCUGCUGCAGCUGCUGACCGGGGCCCUGACUCCGCUCCGGGGGCAGAUGAGGAGGAACCAUCGGCUGAAGGUGGGGUUCUUUAACCAGCAGGCGGCCGAGCAGCUGCGCAUGGAGGAGACGGCGGCCGAGUUCCUGCAGCGCAGCUUUAACCUGGCUCACCAGGACGCCCGCAGGUGCCUCGGCCGCUUCGGCCUCGAGGGCCACGCCCACACCCUGCAGAUAGCCAAGCUCUCAGGUGGGCAGAAGGCUCGGGUGGUGUUCGCCGAAUUGUCCUGCCGGGAACCGGAUGUGCUCAUCCUGGACGAGCCCACCAACAACCUGGACAUCGAAUCCAUCGACGCUUUGGCCGACGCCAUCAACGAGUACAAAGGAGCGGUGAUCGUGGUCAGUCACGACGCCCGGCUCAUCACCGAGACCAACUGCCAGCUGUGGGUGGUGGAGGAGCAGGGCCUGAGCCAGAUCGACGGCGACUUCGACGACUACAAACGGGAGGUGCUGGAGGCACUGGGGGAGGUGGUGGUGCACCGGGCCCGGGAGUGACCGCGGAGUGACCGCGGAGUGACCUCUGAGUGACAAUGAGUGACCUCUGAGUGUCCUCUGAGUGACCUCUGAGUGACACUGAGUGACCUCUGAGUGACACUGAGUGACCUCUGAGUGACACUGAGUGACCUCUGAGUGACCUCUGAGUGUCACUGAGUGACCUCUGAGUGACCUCUGAGUGACCUCUGAGUGACACUGAGUGACACUGAGUGACACUGAGUGACCUCUGAGUGACCUCUGAGUGUCCUCUGAGUGACCUCUGAGUGACACUGAGUGACACUGAGUGACCUCUGAGUGACCUCUGAGUGUCCUCUGAGUGACCUCUGAGUGACACUGAGUGACACUGAGUGACCUCUGAGUGACCUCUGAGUGACCUCUGAGUGACACUGAGUGACACUGAGUGACCUCUGAGUGACCUCUGAGUGACACUGAGUGACCUCUGAGUGACCCCGAGUGACCCCUGAGUGGCUGCAGGGGUUGGGGUGAAGGGAGGUGUCCGGCCCAGGAGUAAUAAACAGUGAUGGA